AUGCCACUCUAUGGUAAAUUCUUAAAGGAGCUCAUGACUAAGAAAAGGAACAAGAUGGAAAAGGAAACUAUAGUGCUCACAAAGGAAUGCAGUGCUAUGAUACAGAAGAAGCUUCCCCAAAAGAUGAAAGAUCCUAGAAGCUUUCAAAUCCCAUGCAUCAUAGGAGACAUUAGCAUUAAGAAAGCAUUGUGUGACCUAGGAGCUAUCAUCAACCUUAUGUCCUUGUCCAUGAUGAAGAGAAUGAGAAUUGAAGAGGCCAAACAAAUAAGAAUGGCACUUCAACUAGCAGACAAAACAUUCAAGUUCCCCUAUGGAGUAGUGGAGGACUUGUUAGUCAAGGUGGAUGACUUCAUCUUCCCAACAGAUUUAAUAGUGCUUAAUAUGGAAGAAGAAGCCAAUACAUCAAUCAUACUAGGGAGACCAUUUUUAGCAACUGCUGGAGCUAUAAUCAAUGUAUAA